CCCUCGCGUGCACCAUUACGCGCUGACGCACGGUCUUAGAAUAACAAGCAAAUAAGAGCGCGCAGCCCUGUGCUGUGAGCAGAUGGCGUCAGUGGGCAUGACCGUGAGGCGCCGGGUUCCUUCAGCAUCACCGAUCGUUGCUAUAACUCCGUAACUCCUGCAAGCAAGAGUCCACACAAGGUCCCAUGCUCAGUUCCUCCGCCGGGCGAUGCCUUCCCUUUCUCGGAGGGACUCAGCAGCGGAGAGCGGAUGGGUGGAUGACGGAGAUGCUGAGAGAGGACGGGACGGCGGAGGUCUGGAGUGCGCCCUGGAGAUGGAGCUGACGGACCGCAGCCUGUCGAGGAAGAUGGACUGCAUGAACUGCGACGACCUGCUCCAUCGAAACUGCGCGGAGUCCGCAGAGGUUUCGGUGCCGCUGUCCACCAUGGGGAAGCGGGUGACUCACAUGGAAGGAGACGACCUGUGCAGACUGAUAGACAGAAAGUUCCUGAUAGAGGACAAGAAGCGCCUGUGCGCGCUGGCUCUGGGCACCGCUCUGCUGGGGAUCCUACUGAUGAUUGUCCACGCAGAAAUAUGCCCCUAUGUUAAUGAACCGGGCUCAAAAGUCUCAUUGGUAAUCAACUGCUCCAUAAGCCUAUCCACUGGGUGUCUCCUAAUUCUCAUCAUAGCAUUCCAUUAUAAAGACAUCAGGCUAUUCAUCAUUGAUCACAAAGAAGUGGACUGGAGAAUAGCUAUAACAGGCCACAGGGUUCUUGUGAUCACCUUGGAGCUGUUGGUCUGCAUCAUCCAUCCAGUCGGGUCGUACUGGGAGGUGGGCCUCUACACCAACACCUCCUCCGCUGCCCCACUAUGUGUUUCCAGUCACCAUGACAAGACUCUAGUGGACAUGGAGCUGCUGCUAUCCAUGCUCAUGUUCCUGCGCCUAUACCUGGUCCACCGAGCCAUUCUACUACACAGCAAAGUGCUUCUGAGUGCCUCCUACAGGAGCAUAGGAUCGCUUAACAACAUCAACUUCACCUUUCGCUUUGUUCUUAAAGUACUGAUGAAUAAACAUCCAGCACGUGUGCUGCUAGUGUUUAUCCUCCUGUUCUGGCUUACAGCGUCGUGGAUGCUGACGUUGUGUGAGAGACGAACCGAGGCCCUGACGACGGGACAAAUGGACACAGCCCUGUGGCUCAUUGCCAUCACAUUCCUCACUGUGGGCUAUGGAGAUGUUGCACCCAAGACCAGCUGUGGCAAGGGGGUGUGUCUCUUUACCGGUGUCAUGGGUGUAGCCUGCACCGCCAUGCUGGUGGCCAUCGUUACUGAGAAACUUGCCCUAAACAAAGGAGAGAAGCAUGUCCACUUCUUCAUGAUGGACAUCCAGAUAUCUAAAAGGAUCCGGCAUGCUGCUGCUAAUGUUCUGAGAGAAUGCUGGCUGCUGCAUCGUGCAAACCUGCCAAAGGGCAGCCGGAACGAGCACCGAAGACACCUGCGAUGUCUUCUUGAAGCCAUCAGAGUAUUUCGACAUUUACGCCUCAAACAAAGAAAACUGAGAGAUUAUGUCAGUGAGAUGGUGGACCUCCCAAAGAUGCAGAUGAUCAUGUGUGACCUCAGCGCCAACUGGAACAACUCUUACAGAGAACUGGAGCAGAGGAUCCUCUUCAUGGAGCAGAAGCUGGACCACCUGACUCGCUGCUUCCAGCAGACAUCGGAGCUGCUGUCUGAGGUCCUACGUCACAGAAACCCGGAGAUCAGGUGACAUGGCUGCAAAUGCUUUUUUCACAAAGUGUCUGUAACAUUUCCUUCUGCUGCAAGGAUCAGGGGCAGCCAGGGCAGCUGCAGAACUGUUACAAAGCAGAGGAAACAUCUCAUCCAGUUCAGUGCUGCAUGCGUUGCUCAGUGACUAAAGCAGAAGAAUUACAGAGGAAUUUUUCUGCUGUAGAAUUAUCUGAAUAAAAUAUUGGGAAGUCUGCUACAAUGUGUGGCAAAAAUAUUUGUUAUUGUGCUUAGAAAACUUAUUGAAAAGAACUGAGAUUAGAUAAUCUAAAUGAUUUUUGUAUGAAUAAUUAUCACCUUAUUCCUGUGGAAUUAAAAGUUUUAUAUUUGUAUUUUAUUUUUGAGGUCAUUUUCAUAUAUUCUUUUUAUAUUUUAGAAAAAAACCUCAUACCUUUUUCUGUAUUUUCAAGUUGUUUAAUUCUUAUACCAAUGAUGUCUAUUUCCAAACACUUAGAUUUGGACAUUUUAUCAAGUGUUAUGGUGUUAUUUACAUGGCUCUAUUUACAUUUGUUCUGGUCAUCUUGUGCUAAUGUAUUUAAAAAUGUUCUGCAGGACAAAAAAUCGAUUAGUCCCCAAGAAGUGGGAGUAGAUUUUUAGUGUUCAAUAAAUAUCAGAACGAUCAUGCAGAUAACUAAAUAUAACACAGCAGCUGUCUGAUUAAACAUGUAGGGCUUUUCCUGUUUUGUUUAAGAAAGCCAAUGGCUCCACCUAGUGGUCAAGUGUUGGUUAAACAAGAUUUUUGUUACCUUUGCAGUACAGAAUGUACUCACAGGUUAGUAAUUUCUCUCACCUUUAAUCUCACCUAAGAACUUUAACUAAUGGAUAUCAACACAAAAAUUUCAUCCAAAAAUUUACAACAGAUUUUAUGAGAUAUUUUUUUUUGUUUUUAUGAAUUAUCAAAUGACACAGGUGGUAACAUUUCAACAGUAAAUGCUAUUUCACUACUUUUUUGGUAUCUAGAUAACAUCACAUCAGUUUUGUCUCAAAAACUGCGAAAUGUCACUGAUUAAUCAUACAUUAAAUAUACUGUUGAUUUUCCAGACACUGCUCAAAGUAACAGAUCAGAGAUGGUUAUAUUUGUCACAAAGCUUCAGUUAAUUUCCUACUUAACAACAUUCACUGGGUUCCAUUAAUGUAAUUGCAUCUAAGCAAACAAAUAUCUUAAAAAAAAACAUUUGCAUAUGCUUUUCUUGACAAUUGUGCAAAAAAGAUACACUAGACUUUUGAUUUAAAUGCAUUGAUUUAAAUCUUUGCUGCUCAUGUUGACUUUUUUUUUUUUUUUUUUAGAGUGUGGAACCUAAUGUUACUUAGUUUACUUUAAAUAAUCUUGUGUGAAGAAAACAAAACAUCCAAAACUGGACAGAUGCCAAAAACAAAGUUAAGUUAGAAUAAAUAUAUUUUUACUUUUGCUGUGGUCUUCUAUGUCAUCCAUGCAUGUUUUAGGCAGACCUGGUGAUUAUGUCAAACACUUGCAGUGAAAAACAUUUUUUUCCAAUGAUUUUUGUUUUAUAUUACUGAAUAUUGAACUGAAAUGUAGGUGUUCUUUUUUUUUUAAAUGGUCAAAACAAAUGAGCAGAAGUUUAAAUGUGCUGUGCCUUUUUUUUAUGUCUAAUUUAAUAAAA